AUGACCGGGUUCACAACCGAGUUCUUCCAGGAAGUUUCGGGAAGACCUGAUCGCGGAUACUUCUCACAGUCUCCUCCUACAAUACUCGUUGGGGUAAUCUCCGACUGCAACUCCAAGCAGGAAGGUCGGAGCGGCGGCCUCCCAUUUCCAUCGGCUAUAAUGGGAGUGGAACUUCAGACUGGUGGAAAGCAGAAAAUGGACAUUUAUUAUGUCCAUGCCCCUGCGCCACAUUCAGUGGAAGAAAAUUUCGAAGGAUACUUCCAAGGCCAUGAUGAACUCACGAUUGCACAACUUCUUCAGGAGCAGGAAACUGUCUACCAGUCGCUGCAAAGAAAUGCCCAGAUUGAUACAACCAGGUCUUCAAACAAUACUCCCGGGGGAGGUCCUGCUGGUAGACAACAAAGGCAUGCAAAUGUUUCUCAAAUUGAAAAUGCCGAGUCUCAGUUAGCCAUGGAUGAAGCUUUUGCAAGAGAAUUGCAGGAGUUGGAGCUUCACCUUUCUUCUACUUCCAUAGAUGGCAAUUAUGGAACAGGAACUGGCAUUACACGCGCCGAAUCUUCCACGGCAAGCAGUCGAGGGAAUUCUGCUCGUAGCGCAACAAGUCAGAUUACGAUACAAGAUGAUGUUGACCCGGAUAAUAUGACUUAUGAGCAAUUGCAAUCAUUGGGUGAAGCUAUAGGCACUAAAAGCAGAGGACUUUCGGAUGAACUUAUAUCCUUUUUACCUUUCUCAACCUACAGAACUGGGCUAUUUCAAAAAAGAGAAAAUCAUCAAGAAUGUUUGAUUUGUUCUAUGGCUUACAAGAACAGAGAUAAGUUGAUCAACUUGCCCUGCCAGCAUCAAUACCAUAAAGAUUGCAUUACUAAGUGGUUAAAGAUCAAGAAGGCCUGCCCGGUAUGCAAUGCUGAAGUAUUUGGACCGUAAGUGUGCAUUAUCUGUUGUUUUGUGGCUUCUGCAUGAAGCCUGAAUUUGUCUGCGCUGUUUCUUGUAUUUUGAGUUCUGUACUUUUUGACCAUAGUUGUCAUGUCAUGACCAUUAUGUUUUGUUAUAUUAAAAUUGUAUGGCUGUAAUGUGGAAUAUGACAGUUUUAUUUUGUGUAAAUACAAUAAGAGAUUUCUCUUUUUAUUUU